AAAUCUCACAUUGAUUUUGGACUUCCAAUCUCGAUCACUUAAUUCCCACAAAGAGAGCAAUCAAAUUAAAGAUGGCCUCACCAAUUGCUGACAAACCAUGGGCUAAGUUAGUCAAGUUUGUUCAAAAUGAACCCAGAAGGAUUAUUCAUUCCUUCAAGGUUGGAUUGGCACUGGUGCUGGUUUCCAUUUUGCAUCAUUUUCGUCCCUCCUUCUAUGGUUUUGGUGAGAACAUCAUCUGGGCGGUUGUCACUGUUGUCAUUGUCCUCGAACUUUCUGUUGGUGCAACACUCGGAAAAGGUUUAAACAGGAUGUUGGCAACAGGAUUAGCUGCUGCUCUGGGGUUUGGAACCCAUAGAUUAGCAUCUCUUUGUGGGAAGAAUGGCAAAGAUGUACUGAUUUCAGCAUUUCUCUUUGUGAUUGCUGUGACAGUGACAUAUAUGAGAUUUUCGCCGCGAUUGAAGGCGAAAUAUGAUUAUGGAUUGCUGAUAUUCAUCUUGACGUUCUGCUUGGUGACUCUUUCGGAAUUUACAGACGGUGAACUCCUACGAACCGCGCAUGAGAGGUUAUUAACGAUCAUCAUUGGAAGCUUGAUUGCUAUCGCGGUGUGUGUUUGCAUUUACCCUAUUUGGAUUGGCGAGGAUCUUCACAAUCAGAUUGCUGGCAACAUUGUAAAAGUUGCAGACUUUUUGGAAGGAUUUGGAGAUGAGUACUUCAAAAAUUCAGAGAAUACAGAAGUUGUGGUUGUGGCUCACGACAAGCCAUUUCUCCGCAGCUAUAAAAGAGUCCUCUCUUCAAAAAGCGCUGAAGAAACAAAGGCUGUUUUAGCAAGAUGGGAACCUUGUCAUGGCCGAUUCAGAUUCCGCCACCCAUGGAAGCAAUACUUGAAGAUUGGGAACCUAACACGGUUGUGUGCUUACAAAAUUGAAGCUCUUAGUGUCUACCUCCUCAACUCUGACCAGACCCCAUAUGAACUUCGAAGCAGGGUUGAAGAUCCAUGCAAAAAUAUUAGCUUGGAAUGUGGAAAAGCCCUCAAAGAAUCAUCACUGAUAGUUAAAAAAAUGGCCAAGUCAUCAGCACCAAACCUCUAUGUUAGACAUGCUAAAAAUGCUGCUGAGUCUCUUAAAUCGGUUCUAAGAGCAAACCCAUGGGAAGGAGCUGAUCCAAUGGAGAUGGUGCCAGCUGCUACGGUGGCAUCACUGCUAAUAGACAUUGUUAUUUGUGUUGAGAACAUUUCUGAAGCUGUUGAUGAACUAGCAACCCUCGCAAAUUUUGUGCCUCCUCGGGGAAUAGUGCAACCAAUUACUAGUUCUGAUGAUGAUGAUUCGGCUCAUGUUAUCACAGUUAACGAGUGACCACCAGGAUUAGAAUACGUACAGGAAUAAUAUUUAGCGGAGUAAAACACUGUACUGAUCUGAUAAGAUUUCUUACAUAUGCAGCCAAAAAAAUUUUGAGCGCAUUAAUCCCUGAAUAAAUGUUAGGGAUCUUUAUUACACUUGAAUUUAAAAUAAAUGUCUCAAGAUUAAUCCCUAAAUCACAAGAGAGGUUCUGUAGUCCAUAGUCUUUUUUAUACAUCGGAAGGAUAAAUUGCACCCUCCAGCGAUUGAUCCUUGGACCUCAUCCACUCAACUCAUAUGUCUUGUCUCCUAGCUCUUACCACUUGAGUUAUCAUUCGAGGACAUCCAUAAUCUUAUAUUUUGUUUCUUUUCA